AUGGACAUCCUAGGAAGAUUGCCUAUUGAAUUGCUUCCGAACGUGUUCAAGUAUAUGGAAAGGUGCCAAUUGGCGAGAUUGAGAAACCUGAUUGCUGAUGAUCCUCUUUCACCAUUAUUACAAUAUAUUGAUUGUGUGUUGUUUGAAAGAAUUUUCAUUUUCCGAAAGUAUCGUUAUUUUCCAAAAAUUAAAUUGAAGAAUCUUUCAUUUUUUUUGGCUUGCCAUGAUUUUUUGAGAAUUACUUACUAUACGUGUUGGUACGAUAUGGAAACAGUAUGCUUUGUUUGGGAAACCAUUCACGAUGAAGAUAUGAUGGCGUUUAUCCACAAAUACGUCAAAUCAAUUAUUUGCGACUUUGAUGAACAUCUUGAUGCUAUUGAUUUAGAAGCUUUUGCGUUUAUUAUCAAUUCCGCUAGAAACUUGAAAUUCAUUAGAAUACCAAUGAUGAUUCCUGGAGUUACCAAAACAUGUGAACAAAUGGAAAUCGUCACAACUGUUGCUGAAGCAAUACUUCCAAAUGCUAUUGGAUCAAUGAAAUCUCUAAUGAUCUUUAGGAAUAAAGAUCACUUCAUUACUUGUUCGAAUCUUCGGCUGCGGAAAAGAAUUUCGAAUAUCAAGUCAAUUUAUUUCCCAAAGCUAGAAAGAUUGAGGUUACACGGUGCCAUCAAUCCAACAGAAAUUGCUACUCUACGAUACCUUGAUAUUUUCUGUGGGAAGUUUGAUGAGAAAAUCUGGGAUUUGCAAUGGGUACAUAAUUUGGAAGAGUUUUCCAUUAUCGGUUCCAAAUUAUCUGAAAUCUCAGGCAUAAAUUGCUUGACAGAAUUUAAAUCUUUAAAAAUCUUUACACAGCUGCAAAUACAAAAAGUUAAUAAUUUACACGGUUUAUCGAAGCUCACUAACCUAGACUUAUCCCUGAAUCGUAUAAAAGAAAUCCUCAUGGAUUUCUCUGAGUUUCCUGAGCUAAGAGAAUUAAAUCUUUCUUGUAACUAUCUCACCUCCUUGACUAAUUUGACCAAUAUUUUGUCUCUCAUUAAGCUCGAUAUCAGUUAUAAUAGUAUUUCAGAUAUUAUUGAGUAUAAUUUCAGCAGUAAUCACAGCUCACCUGUUACAAAAAUGAGCAGCUCCAGAAGAUUGAUCUCAUUAAGCGGGAUGGCCACUUUUUUGAAUAAGCGCAGGGUUGUUCGAUCCUUUAUCAAAUUUCCAAUUGAGUUUAGGGAUAUUUCAAAAACUCCUAUACUGAAUUAUCCCAAGCUACAAGAAUUGAAUAUCUCUCAAAAUAAGUUCUCCUCGUUGCAUAAUUUUCGCAACCUUCGAUCUCUCACUAAGCUAAAUGCCAAAUCCAAUUGCAUUAAACAUAUUCCUAGAUUGAAUUAUCCGAACCUUUGGGAAUUGGAUGUGUUUCUGAAUCAUCUCGGGUCCUUAGAUGGAAUAUGUAAUUUUCCAACCCUUACUGAACUAAAGGUUUCUCCAGGCCAGGUUGAGAAUCUUUCAAACAUCGGGCAUCCAAAUCUCAGAAUCUUAAGUGCGAAGUUUUGUGAGAGGUUGCAAUGUCCAAAGUGUUCACGGAUUUUAAAUUUUUUAGGCCCAGAGAACUUCCCGGCUCUUGAGAAGUUUAGGACUUGA